UUUCUUGUAAAAAUGACGUGUUUAUUAUGAUAUUUAUUAUUUUGUAUUUAUUUCACCACCUGUUACCAAUUGAGUAAUGGAGCUACCACCGAGGUCAUGUUUAUUGCGAAAUUUGAGCGAUCCAGAUGAAGACGACAGAAGGAGGGGAACGCUUGAGAGACCUCAUGCUUUUCUUGUAUAGCGUUGUCUUUGUCCUACUCAUUGAUGGAAUACGAGACCGGUCUCUCGGUCAUUGAGGUGGGGAUAUGCAUGAGGUGACCCCCAGGUAUAGUUCUCUCUGUCUGGUUUCCCGCCUUCACAAAAUGGCGGCACUUCCGGGUAGUCAGCCAAGUCGUUUAUCGUCAAUUCGAUCGACGGACGAUUACUGAUAUGCACAGAGAAUAUUUUUGUAGAUUUAGGCUGUUUAGUGCUAUUUAAUACGCAUGACUUUUUAAAAUUAGGGACAAAGUGUCGGUUAGGCUGAGCUACUGAUGUGUAUUAUAACCUCAAACUUACAAGGCUUAUGACGAAGUGAAUGGAUACGGCUAGAGUGUUAUUCUGUGAACGGUAGACAAUUAUGCGGAACUGUUAACUAGCAUUUAAUAGGUUUUAGGCUGCAAGGAAUAGUUUAGGUAAAGAAUCAUUCGCUGGCAUUAUGGUGAAAGGUAGAAGACGGCGGGUAGCAGGGAAAGGCUCAGUACAACUGCGUUCUAUAACAUUGAUCGAGGAAGAAGGUAGUGGGAUAUCACCUUGUAGGAAAGAAACACGGAUUGAUUUUAGUGCAACAGCAGCUCUUCAAUCAGAUGAUAUACCUGGUUCUCAAAAUGCAAAAUUGUCUGCUUGUAUUACAACCUAUUUUACCCCAGAGAGAAAGGUUUCAAAGACUCUUUUCAAUGAUGUCAAAGGAAACAAGCGAACAACACACAAUCGAGGACCAUUUAGGAAUGAUGAAAAUAUCAGAGAUCUGCUCGACAAGUCCAUUAUCAGUGACAAUGAACUGUUUAAAACAGAUGAGACGCCUGUUGCUGUUCCAAUUCAUAGUCCGAGUACACCACACCGUAUAAAUAUGCCUACCCUUCCCUUGGAUGAAUCAGAUGUAAGAACGGAUGACAUUAAGGAAGAAAAAUUUACAAACAAUAUCCUAAACCCAAUGCAGCCUGUUGGUCGAAAAGCAAAUGGUCGUGCCCGUAAAAAGGGUUCUUUAAGUCAAAGGCCUGAGCGAAUAAUAACGACCGAUGCUAAUCAUAAACUUACAGACUAUUUUCCAGUACGCCGUAGUGUCCGAAAAUGUAAGAAGACAGUGCUUGAGGAGAGGCAGCGAGAUCUUGAAAAAAAAGUAUUAACACAAGCAGAAGAUGGCUUAGAGGUAAGGCACUUUGCUGGUAAAGGUCGUGGAGUUGUGACAACAUGUGAAUUUUCGAAAGGCUCAUUCGUUGUAGAAUAUAUCGGUGAAUUAAUUGAUCAAGUAACCGCAAAGAAACGAGAAAUGGAAUAUGCCAAAGAUCAAAAUACGGGGUGUUAUAUGUAUUAUUUCCAAUAUAAAAAUCACCAGUAUUGUGUUGAUGCAACAGCUGAAACUGACAAGCUAGGUAGGCUUGUAAAUCAUUCACGCAAUGGAAAUUUAGUCGCUCGAAUAGUGGAUGUUGACUCUGUACCACAUUUAGUGCUGACUGCAAAGGAAGACAUACCAGCAGGUGUUGAGGUGACGUACGAUUAUGGAGAUCGAAGUCGUGAAGCGAUUCGCAAUCACCCUUGGUUGGCUUUAUAGCCACUCGCUUCUAAAUGCAAAACUGUUGAGUACUGUCAAUAAUGUUUUCCAUUACCUCCCCUUGUGCGUAAAGUUACAAUAGGGAAAUUGUUGGAAUUGAAGUAAAGUCCUAUAAGCGUCAUAGCAACAUAGAGGUGACCAUUUGAUGACAUCUGUGAUUAAGAUGAGACUUCCUUUCGUCCAGGACGGAAAUGUAAUUUAUAAAUGUCACACAUUAUCGUAGCUCGCCACAUAAUGUCGUGCAUUAAAUUUCCAAAGAUCACUUAUCCCUCUUAAUUAGAUCUCUUCACUUAGCAAAUUCUAUGAAUUUAAUGUCUCGUAAGAGCAGUUUAUCCCUUAUUUUGCUAUAUUUAACAGAGUCGAAAGACGAAUUCUUUACCUAUAUACAAAUAAUUUAUAAUGAGGGAAAAAUCUGAACAACGCUUAUGUUCUUAUAAAUUAGAGAAUAAUUAAUUGACAUUUAGUCGUUGAUUGUAAUUAACUAUGGGAAUGAUUAUUUUCGGUGGUUGCUACUAGUAAAGGAAGUUCGUUAAGAUCCAUUGUACUGAAUCUCCUUCGGACUCAUAUUUCACGUUUGUUAGAUGUAUCACAAAUUUGAGUAAUAAUUUAUAUGUCGUAGAUCCCAAUUUACUUAUUCAUGCAACGCACAUUAUUUUCUUGUAUAUAUUUUGUAAGACACUGUUAUAGACUUAAUGCAUUUAAAACUUGUAAUAGAGUGUGACAAUGUGAUUUGAAGUCGGCUUAGGGGGUAAAGCAAAUGAGAGUAUUAAUCUAUGAAAUGGCAAAUACGAGUGGGAAAUGUAUGGAAGUAAUUUGGCUAGCCAUGAGAAUUAAUUCUACUUACAUUUUAUUACCAUAAUUCAUAUGCUUCUGAAACUAAAUUUUAUAAUUAUCAAUUAGAGAAGUUUAAUUUAUUGUUUAACUUCAAGUUUGUUUCAAAGCAAAGGUAGUAGUAUUAAUAUCUCAUAUACAUACAUUAUUUAUAUUUUACAUUAAGACCGUGUUUAAUGUAGCCUUGCUUCAUACAUAAACCACUGCAUAGUAUCUAUUUAAAAAUCAGCUUUCACUUUGCACAGCCUCCCUUAGCAGAAUUUGAACUUUAAGUUAACACAGUGAAAAAUUACCAACAGAGAGAUUGCAAAUAUUAACAAGCUGCAUAAGAGAACAAGUGUGAUUUACACGUAGGAAAUCUUGGAUUAACGUGGGGUUCAUAUAGGUGCAAGUAUUUUAGAAUGACACUGCCUAAACCAAUGUAUUAUGUAAGUACAUCUAAAUCCUGGUAAUAUUUGUUCAAAUUGUAAUCUUAAUUUCCUAGCCAAUUAAUUUUGAGAUGUAAUCGAAACGUUGGUUUAUUGUCAUAUGUAAAAUCUAGUAGCGAAAUAACCACUGAUAUGACAUCAAUUUUAUAUCGACAUGAUUAUAUUUUAGAAUGGAGCAACAUUGUACUCCUCAAAUCAAUCAUUGUAUAUUAUGGCUGAUCAUAUGUAAUCACGCCAAGUUUUAUUUUACACAUUGCAUCACAAAUAAGAUUUCAUAGUUUUGUUAUUAUCAAAUGAAUCGACUUUUGUAUAAAGAAUUAUAUAAAGAAAAACGUGGUCAUUUAUUUUCUUGCUUAUAUAAACAUGGAAUACUUAUUACUGGGAAAGUUCUAUCGUAAAGUUAAAAUUAUUGUCCUAGAAUAUACAAAGCUGUACAAACGAAUUAGUAAUUUAGUUUCAUGCUGUAGUUCUAAAUAAAAUGAAAAGGUUAGUAUGGGA